AUGCAUCAAUUAUAAUCAAUUUUGAGAGUAAAGCUCUCUUUAAUCCUUCUAAUUUGCUUGCAAUAGGUUUAUUCUCAGGAUAAAUCUUCUAAUUAACAAAGCUUUAACCAAAUUUCAAAGCAAAGAUUUCAUUAGAAUGUUAUAGAUCAGCUUAAAGAGUUCCAAAUAACUGGUUCUUAAAUUUCAGCCAAAAUUGGUUUUAAUGGGGGACUUGCUCAAUAAGAAAAGAAAAGCAAUCAAAUAACCUUAGUUUCUGCUAAAAUUUGGAAAGAUUACAUAGAAAUGGGAAUGGGAGCAGCUAUAGGUCUAACUGUAGACUUAGGAUCAAGGACUGAAGAUAAAUGUGUGGCUGGUUUCUCUUCUUUAGGAAAAAACAUUUAUCUCCUCUACCUAAAUGCAAUGGAAUACUACAAAAAUCAGACAAAUAUUGAGCAGUCUUAUUACGCGCUCUUCUAUCUUGUAAAUGUAAUAAAAGCUUGGAACGAUAUUGAAUGCUAAAACUUUGAAGGGAUAUCUUAGAAAUCAACUAAAUUAUUGUUUCAUAAACAUUAGGAUCUAAAGAAUUUUUUCAAGAAGAAAACCUCAAUAGUGAAAUAAUAGGGAAAUAAUAGCAGUAGCAAUUCAACAAUUACUGCUGAAUAAGUUUUUAAAUACAUCAACAGCCUACUGACAGAAUAUCCAGCAUUAGAUGCUGCUGCAAUUUAUACAGACCUUUAGACAUUUAGAAGUAAAUACUAUUCAAGUCAAGAUUUUGAAGCAGGCUUUGUUUUUGGUAAAGGGGUUAUUAAUGCAUUUUCUGUUUUAAUAGCUUUAGUCCUUAAAUUCAUGGAAAAAUGA